AUGGAACCGUUUGUGGAAGUGUUUUUUGCCAUCGAUGCGGAAAAGAACGAGGAGAUUUCGGUUCGCAAUUUGGAGGAUUAUGUUGCAGCUAAUAAUUUGGAUAUGGGCAUGAUUACUAGAUGGAAGGCUUUGUUCGACCCGGAUAACACUGGAACCAUAUCCCUGGACAAAUUCUGCGAAGUACUGGGUUUGAAACCGGCCGAAGCCCGUCUUAUGCGGGUUGAAAUAAACAAACAACAAGCGAUGGCAGACUUUGGCCCCGAUGUGACUAUUUUGGCCGAAGAUAUGGCCAAGGAGAACGAGAAGGACAUCAUUGACGUGACCCGAGAAUUGAUGGCUAAACACGGUGAAAACUAUGAUGCAAUCACAAAAGAAUUGAAAAUUUAUCUGGAGGGAAGAUGGAAGCAAUCGUGGAACGUGGUGAUCACGAAUGACUCAUUCUGGAUGGAAAUAUGCUAUGCGGAACAUAAUUCUUUUCACUUCCGUUUGCAAGAUCUGGCUUUUCUUAUGUGGCUUACUCCGGACCCAGCAUAA